AUGCAGGAUUCACCCGGCUCCCUGGUGAUGGAUGGCUACUCCAGCAAUGUGCCAGCCUUCCUAACCAAGCUCUGGACACUAGUGGAAGAUCCUGAAACAAACCACCUCAUCUGCUGGAGUACGAGUGGCACCAGCUUCCAUGUGUUUGACCAAGGACGUUUUGCCAAAGAGGUGCUGCCCAAGUAUUUCAAACACAACAACAUGGCCAGUUUCGUCCGGCAGCUGAACAUGUAUGGCUUCAGAAAGGUGGUGAACAUUGAGCAGGGGGGGCUGGUCAAGCCCGAGCGGGAUGACACUGAGUUCCAGCACCUCUGCUUCCUGCAGGGCCACGAGCACCUCCUGGAGCACAUCAAGAGGAAGGUGUCAGUAGUAAAAAGCGAGGAGACCAAGAUGCGCCAGGAGGACCUCAGCAGGUUGCUGUAUGAGGUACAGAUCCUGAGAAGUCAGCAGGAGAACAUGGAGUGCCAAAUGCAGGACAUGAAGCAGCAGAACGAAGUCCUUUGGAGGGAGGUUGUUUCUCUGCGGCAGAACCACUCGCAGCAACAGAAGGUGAUCAACAAGCUGAUUCAGUUUCUGUUUGGCCAACUCCAAUCAAGCCCUGGCAGCGCUGGGAUAAAGAGGAAGCUGCCUCUGAUGCUUGACAGUGGGUUAUCAGCUCCACAGGUGUCCAAGUUCAGCCGGCAUUUGUGUGCAGACGCCCUCCAUGAUGCCUAUUUCAUACAGUCGCCAUCGACAGAACCCACCUCCUGUCUGCACAGCCCUGCGAUGGCUGCAGGACCCAUCAUAUCUGACGUUACUGAAGCAUCACCAUCCAGCGUAAUAAAUAUGCAGUCCCCUCCUGAUAAUGACAGGGAGAAGUGCCUCAUGCUGAUCAAGGAGGAGCCAGCCAGCCCCGGGGUGAAGGCCACUGCCGAGCCCGAAGUCCCGCUGUCCGGCUGCCGGGCCUGCCCUGAGCCCCCUGUGCUUCCAGUUGCCAUGGUGCAGUCUGUCCUUGAGGGCAAAGGGAGCUGUGGGGUGGCCCCCCCAGGAACCUCACAGCCCCCUGAGAGGAGAGGAAGGAGGGCACUGCUGGACAGAACAGAUAUUUCAGACCCACUGGAGGGCCCCGACUGGAGCCUGGAGGGGCUGCAGCUGCUGCUGAGGAGCCAGCAGUACGGCCUGGAGUCUGCAGGCCUCCUGGAUGUCUUCAAUCCCAACUUACCAAUGAGUGAGUGCAAUUUGGCUGAAAUGGAAGCCGGUCUGUCCCCGAUGCAGCGGCUCACAGUGGAUAUGGAGAAGAAUGCAACUGAGCUGAACUCAAAAGUGUUCAACCCAUCAUUCAGCAAUGCCUGCCCAGGGAAAGACGUCCUCCUUGAAAGCUCCCAGCAAUUCCUCACUGACCGGCAGUCAGUCUUUGGAAACGACAUCAUCAGCUUACAUGAAAGUUCAUCGCUGUAUAUUCCAUCUGAAAACAUGGCUUCCUAUCUGUCCUCCGGGGGUGUCCGAGGGGAUAUCCCCUUAAACCUGAGCUCUUCGACUGAUAACAACCAGUGAUGUCACUUCCAAGGCAUCAUCUCCCUCCCACACACCCAAGCAUCCACAGGUUUGAAUGUAAAAAAACAAAAGCAACUCGGAAACCUACAAGGGAGUUGUCGUGCCCCUUCUUUUUGAGUAGAUUGGAACGGUCAGUAGCUGUUGCACUGCACGCCCUGUCCCUGGCUCUCAGUGUUUCAUAGGCUCAGUGGCUCUCAGGAUCAUAGUCUUAGAACAAAAUGCUGCUUCUGGUGCUUGUUCCUACGUGGAGCGGGAAUGUGGUGGGAGCUGUUUUUCUUCAAAAUGCUUUUACAGGUGUCAAACUUUUUAAGAAAAUUGAGUGAAAAGUAGCUUGGAAGUUCAUCAGGGACCUCACAGAACAAAGCAAUCCCAAGUGGUGUCUGCAGCAACAAACUGUGGGAUGUUAAUAGGGCAGCGCAGGUCAGCAAAGAGAUGCAUGACCCUUCUGAAUGCCAUUGUUUCAAUAGAAGAUUAGUUUUAAGUCCCAGACAAGUGCUCUAGAAAUACUCUUUUAUUAUCUAUUCUCUGUUUUUGAUGGGAUGUGUUUGUGCCUCUCCCCUGUCUUCCCAGUGUAAGCGGGAACAUUAAACUCCCUCAGGAUGUGCUGAAGAUAGUUUCCUGAGUGAUCCCUCCAAGGAGGUGCUUUUGGCUCCAAGGGGAGCUGCAGGCAUCAUACACCCCACAACAUCCCAUCCAGAGUUGAAAGGGUUGUUGGUUAUUUUUCCCCCAGUUUAUCUUCUGCAACGUAGAGGCAGGGCACCCCAUGCUUUAAUUCUUGUAAUAAAGGAUGGAGUCUUCUGCACCCACAGUUUUUUAUUUCCAAAGAGGACUGGUUUAUUCUUGGUUUUUGUGCUGGAGAAAUAUUUCAUGUCCAGUCCAGUGGUGUUUCUCCUCGGCCUUGACCUUCUCUGUUACCCCUGGAGAUGUGCCUGUAGGUUUGUUGAUGUAUGAAAUCUGAUGAACUGGUUUAAUUGAUUUGAGCCCCUUUUUAGAAGGGCUCUCAUCUUCAGGUACUUCCUCAGUGUCCAACAGAGGCAGAAGAGUUACUCCACCGUGUCCCAGAGACUUUUCUUCUGCAUUUUGUGCAUCUGAAACCAGCUUCUACAGGCCCAUUUAAUCUUCCUCUUUCAUGUGGUUUCUGACAACUGAGUUUCUCAACAAAGCAGAGCUUUGUUUUUUAUUCUGUAGUUCUAAUGAGAACAUAUUAUUUAUCACAGUAUCCUCUAAUUGAGUUGUUUUUCCUUAAGAAAGCUACCCAAAAGCAGUGGGACAGACACAGGAAAUUCACCUAACUCAGGCCUUCCAAGGGCUCAGGCAGGGAUGUGUAAGCCACGCCAACUCCAUUGGAAGAACUGCUCUGCCAACUUUCACUACUGUGUUGAUUCUUGGUACUAAUUCGUAUUCCUGAGCGUCUAGAAUGGCCAAGCAGCAUCCACCUAAAUAUACGGUUGAUCAGAUGAAUGUAGGCUCAAAAUGUCCUAAAUAAGAUGUGCGUAUUUUAAAUGGACUUUCCUGUCACAGCUCUUUGCUCCAUCCAUUUAUCACCGUGUGAGCAGAUGGGAACAAUUCAGACGCUCAUUUUUGCCAGCUGGCUGCUAUGAGGGGCGAUCAUCACCCUGGAGGCACUCUUGGCAGAGUGAUGUUGUGAGAACUUUUGAAUUAAUUCCAUCCACUGUUUGUCUGUUCAGGACUAAGGGAAAAUCCUGGCAGCCCCCACUGGCCUGGUAUUUAGAUGGUGUUCUUGAGAAUAGCAUGAACAAUGUUUCUUUUUUGGCAGAUUUGUGCUCAGAGAGCUCAUCUAGAUCAGGCCCACUUGGCUCUGUACUUUGUCACUUGAACCAAUGGAGAUCUGUUGAGCUGCAGUCCGGUUGCUUCCUUUCUCAUGGGAAGCUGUGUGCUGUCUCUCCUCACCUGACAGGAUAUGUUAUCCUUGUUCAGGAUUUAUGUCUUUCUUUGAACCUUCAGAUGCUCAAUUCCUUCAUGUUAGCACUGAAUGUAUACGGGUUCAGUAAGGUGUCUAAGCACGUGCAUAACUUCAAACUUCUGAGCAGCUUUCAUUUAUUUUUAUGAAGUCUGUCACAUGCCUGAAGUUGGACACGUGCUUGGAUGCCUUACUGCAGUGUCCAUUUGUGGUUGAAACACAAACCACCUCAGGAGAACUACUUGCAAGGAGGGGCAGCCCGAGCUGCGAGGGGCCGAAGGGUCUGGCCCCACCUUACACUGCAGCACUUCUUUGCGGUACACAGACUGCAAGCACUGUGAGCAGCUGCUCCUGAGUGGUUCCUGGGAUUUUCUUUAGGCUUUUUGCUCUACUGUCAACAUGAGCUUGGAUCCUGAUGGAGAGAGGGUAACGUCCAGGAAAGCGUUGAGAGCCACUCCUGAAGAAGCAGGCUGGCGUUCCUUGGCUUUUUAAAUUGUUAAUUUACAAUGACGUGCUGAGACUGCGUGUGUUUGGUGGGUUUUUUUGCACUAUGCUGUACAUUUGUAAAGUUUUACAGAAAA